AUGGCCUCGCCGCGCCCCGGCGCCCCCUCCGCGCCCGGCGGGACGGCCCUCGCGCUCUCGCUCAGCUCCGUGGCGACCGCGGCGCUGGGGAACCGGAGCGAGGCGAGCGGUGGCGGCGGCGGCGGCGGGGCCCUGGGUGGGCCUGGGGCGGGGGCGAGGCCGGCGCUGGGCUCCGAGGCGGCGCCGCUGCUGGCGCGCAGGGCGGCGGUGGCGGCGCAGGCGCUUGUGCUGCUGCUCAUCUUCCUGCUGUCUAGCCUGGGAAACUGCGCCGUGGUGGGGGUGAUCGUCAAGCACCGGCCGCUGCGCACGGUCACCAAUGCCUUCAUCCUGUCGCUGUCGCUGUCGGACCUGCUCACUGCGCUGCUCUGCCUGCCCGCCGCCUUCCUGGACCUGCUGGCGCCGCCCCGGGGCCCGGGGCCCUGGCGCAGCUUCUGCACCGCCAGCCGCUUCUUCAGCUCGUGCUGCGGCAUCGUGUCGUCGCUCAGCGUGGCGCUCAUCUCGCUCGACCGCUACUGCGCCAUCGUGCGGCCGCCUCGCGACAAGCUGGGCCGCCGCUGCGCGCUGCAGUUGCUGGCCAGCACCUGGCUGGUGGCGCUCGGCUUCUCACUGCCCUGGGAGCUGCUGCUCCGAGCGCCCCGCGAGCCCCCAGCCGCCGCCGCGCAGAGCUUCCACGGCUGCCUCUACCGCACCUCCCCCGACCCUGCGCAGCUGGGUGCGGCCUACAGCGUGGGGCUGGUGGUGGCCUGCUACCUGCUGCCCUUCCUGCUCAUGUGCUUCUGCCACUACCAGAUCUGCAGGGCUGUGCGCCUGUCCGACGUGCGCGUGCGGCCCGUGACCACCCACGCGCGCGUGCUGCGCUUCUUCAGCGAGGUGCGCACCGCCACCACAGUGCUCAUCAUGAUCGUCUUCGUCAUCGGCUGCUGGGGCCCCUACUGCUUCCUGGUGCUGCUGGCCGCCACCCGGCAAGCGCAGGCCGCGCGGGCCCCCUCGCUGCUUGACGUGGUGGCCGUGUGGCUGACCUGGGCCAAUGGGGCCAUCAACCCGGUCAUCUAUGCGGUCCGCAACCCCAACAUUUCUAUGCUCCUGGGGCGCAGCCGCGAGGAGGGGUACCGGACUAGGAACGUGGGCGCCUUCCUGCGCAGCCGGGGCCCGGCUCUCCAGGCUGGGAGCCGCAGUCGCCUUCGGAACCGUUAUGCCCGCCGGGUUCGGGCCCGCAGCAGGAGGUCCUGUUCCACCCUGGCCAGCGGGGCGGGAGGGGACCUGGCCAUGUGGGCCCGCAAAAAUCCAGUUGUGCUUUUCUGCCGGGAGGGACCACUGGAGCCUGUGACAGCAGUGACCAAACAGCCUAAAUCCGAAGCCCGGGAUACCAGCCUCUGACGGCCAGGACGGACAGCUUCGGAAGACACACGGCCACCUCCUUCCUUCAGUGGUACAGGAUUCUGCGGAGACGCGUGGAUUUCACAAAGCCAAACAACAAAACGACGGAGACAAGGGGGAGGGUUACCACUUCCUCCAAACAACGUAAAAGACAAUGUCCUCUUCUUCAAAAGUGCCAAAAGGAAUGUAAAAUGCAAAAAUUAAAACAAAUCUUAACACACAACCAAGCAUUGUGAAUUGUAAGUGCCAAAACCCAAAACUCACAAUCACUGAGAAGCUCUUAUUACAGGAAUCACACUGUGAAACAAACAAAUCACUGAAUGCAAUCAGUGUGUGUUCAAACAGAGUUUCGGGAAUGGAUUUCCUCGCAGCUGCUGGAAAGCCCCUCCGAAUCACCAGCACUCCACAAAACGUCAGCUUCCACAACUGCACCUCUGACAUAGGCUUCCGGUGCUUAGGUUUGGGAGCAGAAAAUUUCUAUUCUUACCUAAAUUGGCGCACUUCUCCCACAAGUGUGUAAUUUUUGUGGGAACUUUUAAAUUCAGAUCCUAUUUUAAACCAUUUUAGGAUUUUUGAAUGGAUGGUUUAUUACUAGAUAAAAUACAGCUAUCUGAAGGACAAAUAAGAAAUAGGGCUGUUUUCAAAAAGUACUUGAAGGGUGGGAGUGUAGCUCAGUGCUAGAGUGCUUGCCUAGUUGAGCCCAGGUCCCUGUGGCUGGUCCUCAACAUUACAGGAAAAAA